UCCCUAAUCCAGAGGUUCUGGUGGCGUACUUCAGGGGACUCGUCGACAGAUGCGACGGUUAUACGCUAGAGGAGAGCGGAGAAGAUAUGGAUGAGGAGAGCUCUUCCGAUGAGCUUGACGAGGAAGAGGAUGAAAACGGUGAUCUCAGCGACACCUCGGCUACAGCGACCAGCAAAAGCAUCCAACAAGAGAAAGAUCAGACAUGAAGGGCCUUCAAAUGCGCAACAUCGAUUUAGCACGAAAGAAGCGUCCGGGUACAGCCGGACCACCCACUAUCAGAAGAGCAAUACUCCUAUGCCUCACUCGCAGGCAUUCAGCUACGAUCCGAUGGAUCGAGACUAUCAUCAAUCGGCAACGAGCCUAUAGACCUCCCGUGGAGCCUGGCAGCGCGUCAAAGGCCGGAAACCAGGCACCUUCGGAAGCCUUAAUCUUUUGUGUUGUACCCAACCUGGGCACUGCAUAUCUACACAUAAUGUGCCCGACUGCGCCUGAAGAUCAGGCCAUUCAAGACAGCAGGCGAUUAGACAGAGUCGCGCUGCCGUCAUCUGUCCGUCAUCAGCAUCGGGUUGCGGACCGGCAACCCCAGAGGCGGUGUGUAUAUAUGUACAUGAUUUGUGCAUUUAUAUUAUCGGUCACGUCCGUUACGUUACAACGCUAUAGCAACAUUGUUAUCAGCACGCGUACCUACAUUUGACACGAAUUCUAGUGUCUUCACCGCCUGAAUUCUGAUGCUGAUUCUGAGGGCUUGCCAUCCUGUUUAUUCAGAGGAUGAUGGGAUGAUACAAUGACACAGUUAUGAUUGUGCGAUUUCGAAGUGAAUAUGCCAUGCCGUGACACGACCCCAAAGCUGGGGCAGGACGGUUGUGUUAUGUAAGCCGGUCAGUGUCUUGGUCCAGACGUGCUGAGCUGUUUCUGGGUCUGAGACCCAGCGGGCGCCCAGAGAGUGGGGACACGU